GUCUCACUGACCCGUCCCGGCUCGGAUCGACAUGCGGCGGGACUGGACGGCACCGUGAACAGGAGGACCGCCGCGUGCCAGAGCGCGCGUGACCGAGAGGCUGAAUGAACGACCGAGAUGGAGAAACUACUGAGUCAGGUGGUUUGUGUGUGUGUACUGCUGACUGGACAAGUUUCUCCAGCAGAGUUAACCUGUGAAACUCUGAUCCUCCUGUCGACCAACCUGACAGCAAGGACGUUGGCAUUUCUAAACCAGACGUUCACUAUCAGUAACUCCUCAGGUUUGUACUGUGACCUGUCUGUGGACGGUAUCGGGACAUGUUGGCCUCGUAGUGCAGCAGGAGAACUGAUCUCCAGACCCUGUCCUGAACAGUUCAAUGGAAUCCACUAUAACACCACCAACCGGGUGUACAGAGAGUGUCAGUCGAACGGCAGCUGGGCUCCUCGAGGAAACUACAGUCAGUGCACCGAGAUCAUCGUUCUGAGGAAGAGUAAAGUCCAUUAUCAGGUUGCUGUGAUCAUCAACUACCUGGGUCACUGUAUCUCUCUGGGAGCGCUGCUGCUCGCCUUCACUCUCUUCAUGAGACUCAGGAGUAUUCGCUGUCUGAGGAACAUCAUCCACUGGAAUCUGAUCUCAGCGUUCAUCCUGAGGAAUGCCACCUGGUUCGUCGUCCAGUUAACUAUGAACCCUGCUGUUACCGAGAGCAACCAGGUGUGGUGCAGGUUGGUGACUGCAGCGUAUAAUUAUUUCCAUGUGACGAACUUCUUCUGGAUGUUUGGUGAAGGUUGUUACCUCCACACAGCCGUCGUCCUCACCUACUCCACCGACAAACUCAGGAAGUGGAUGUUCAUCUGCAUCGGCUGGGGUAUUCCUUUUCCCAUCAUCGUGGCCUGGGCUUUCGGGAAACUUUACUAUGACAAUGAGAAGUGCUGGUUUGGAAAGAGGGCGGGAGUUUACACAGACUAUAUCUACCAGGGCCCCAUGAUUCUGGUCCUGCUGAUCAACUUUGUCUUCCUGUUCAACAUCGUUCGGAUCCUGAUGACCAAACUGAGGGCAUCAACCACCUCAGAGACCAUCCAGUACAGGAAGGCGGUGAAGGCGACCCUGGUGCUGCUGCCUCUGUUGGGAAUCACCUACAUGUUGUUCUUUGUGAAUCCUGGAGGAGAGGAUGAAGUCGCUCAGAUUGUCUUCAUCUACUUUAACUCCAUCCUCGAGUCCUUCCAGGGAUUUUUUGUCUCUGUUUUCUACUGUUUUCUCAACAGUGAGGUGCGCUCUGCAGUCAGGAAGCGUUGGAUUCGUUGGCAGGAUCGACACUCCAUCCGGAGCCGGGCGGUGCGCGCCACCUCACUGCCCACCUCUCCCAGCAGAGUAUCCUUCCACAGCAUCAAACAGUCCUCUAACCUCUGACCUCUGAUGGACUGGGUCUCUGCUGGACCUGAACACUCUACCUGUGAUGUAAUUCAUCUCAGCCAAUCAGAGGUCUUAUUCUGCGUCAGAUCAGAUCAGCCAAUCACAAAGCAGGACGCAGAUUUAUUGAGCCAAUCCAACGUUGAUCUGUCAGUCAGGACUCUGUGGCCCUGCCCUCCUUCAUCCUCUGACCAAUCAGUGGACUCAACCAAUCAGCCAAUCAGCUGCUUCCACUGGGUCACAUGUUCAAUCAGGCAGCUGGACUGUGUUCAUGUUUUGUGAUCAAUAACUUUAUUUAUUAAUAUGUGUAAUAUUGAUGAGCUAUAACUGUCUAUGAUGUAAUAUUGAUCACCAGCUUUCUCCUAUUUAACAGAGCUAAACACACACACACACACACACACACACACACACACAGCCUUUCCCUGAACUGUGAAAAAACAAUAAUCAAUAAUCACACAACAUUAUCGGCUGUUUGUCUGAUCGUUCCUGAACACUCAGUGCCACAACAACAACAAACAACAACAAACAGAUUCAGGCCUCAGAUAUAAAAUCCAAACUUCUCCAUCAGCAGGUGUAGCUGCAGGAGGUGGUGGAGCAGGAGGAGGUGGAGCAGAAGGAGGAGGUGGAGCAGGAGGAGAUGCUCUAACAGACUCAGUUUCUCUGCUGGAGAUAAACUCCUCAUUUUAAAGCACAAACACUGAAACAUGAUGAUCUGUGUUCAGAGGCUGUGAUGAAGCAGUGACAGUCAGAGGAGUAAAUAAUCUGAAGGAUUAAAUUAAAUCAUGUUGAGUUAAUCUGUUUGUAUCUUUGCACUGAGUUUAAACUUGUUUAUCAACUGUUCACUGUAAAACUUCAUUUAAACACUGACUGCUCCUCAUAAGUACAGACCUGUAGUACUAACAGUAACCAGAGUAACUAUAGAGUAACUAGAGUAAUCAGAGUAUAGUUAGUGUGAGUUAGUGUGUGUGGAGGGAAACACUCAGGAUGAAACAAACUACUCCUUUACUGUGCCUGAGUAAGUGAGUGAAUGAAUGAGUGAGUGAGUGAGUGAGUGAGUGAAUGAAUGAAUGAAUGAAUGAAUGAAUUAUUAAUAAAUCACAGAUGAAAUCAGUGGCAUUAUCAGCUGGAAAAAUCUUGAUAAAAAUCAGAUUUAAAACUUUUUGUAAAUAUUUAAUUUAUUACAUCAUCAGAUUAAAACUUUAUUUAUAAUCUAUAAUCUGACAUGAGGAGCGCUUGGUUUGUUCACCAGACACUAGCUGUGUGAGUUAAUCUAUAUUUACAUGUAAUCCUUCUGUAUCUGACGUCUGAUCAAUAAUCAAUAAACUCUUCGUCAGGAUCAA